AAUUCUCAUGACAGGUAUUGAGCCCCAUGGUAACAAGGUGCUCCAACCAGCUGUGUUUACUGUGGACACUCUGGAAGCUGGAAGCGGUGAAGUCCUGGUCUAUGUGGAGGAUCCUGAAGGACACAAGGAAGAGGCUAAAGUUAAACCCAACAGAGACAAACAAGGCACUUACACUGUCACUUAUCUUCCCAAAGUUGAGGGUGUUCACAAGGUGAAAGUGCUGUUUGCAGGUCAGGACAUAGACAAGAGUCCCUACACAGUAAACGUGGCAAAGGCAAUGGGUGACGCCAGCAAAGUCCACGCUAGAGGACCAGGACUGGAGCGCACAGGCAACGUGGCAAACAAACCCACCUACUUUGACAUUUACACAGCAGGUGCCGGUAAUGGUGAUGUCAGUGUGGUCAUCGUCGACCCUCAGGGCAAAAAAGACACCGUUGAGCUCAUCCUGGAAAACAAGGGUGACAGCGUUUUCCGCUGCACCUAUCGCCCCAUGUUAGAGGGGCCUCACACCAUUCAUGUACUUUUCGCAGGACAGGAGAUUCCCAAGAGCCCAUUCACUGUCAACAUCGCUGAGGCUCCACCUGUUGCUCCUCCCAUGGGAGCUCCUUUGCAGAUAGUCCCACAGUCAGUGCGCACCCCUCCAGGAGUGAAGGGUGAGAAGGGGCCUAAACACGGCCGUCCAA